CAGAGCCGUUAUCAAUGACUCUCAAUGGGGGGUGUGCAGCUCUUUACCUAAAGCCCCUUUGCUGGUAUCAUCAUCUCUCCGGCUGCUGCUGCUGCUGUCGUCUCUAUCCCUGAAUGAGACCUUGAGUAAUCCGCUGGAGGGGAUUUUCCCAGGGUCUCCUCCUCCUCCUGCCCAUCCUCCUCUUCUCCAUCGAGCCUGUCGUCGAAACUCGCCGCCGAGCUGGGGGGCAAUCCGGGGAAAGGGAGCCGCGGCGCCGCGCACCGCCCAACGGACACUCCGCCGCGGCGCGCCGCCAACAUGCUCACCCGGGUCAAGUCCGCGGUGGCCGGCUUCAUGGGAGGAAUCAUGGCCGGUGGUAGCUCCAGCGGGGGGGACAACCCCGGGUCGGAGCUGCCGCUGAAAUUCCCAUACAUGAGACCCGAGUUCCUUGGGCUGUCCCCGGAUGAGAUCGAGUGCUCGGCGGACCACAUUGCCCGGCCCAUCCUCAUCCUGAAGGAAACCAGGAGAUUACCGUGGGCCACUGGAUACGCAGAAGUGAUCAACGCUGGCAAGAGCGCGCUGAACGAGGACCAGGCAUGCUGUGAGGUGGUGGUGGCGAGGAAGAGGCCUAUCAGCUACUGCCCCCCCUCCACGCCCAGCAAGACGUCCACCAACAAGAGACGCAGCUCACUUCCCAACGGAGAGGGCCUGGGGCUUCGAAUGGAGCACAGUACGCCAGGGGAGGACAGUGAGGGGCUGAUCUUCCACUACUGGGCCUUGUUUGAUGGUCACGCUGGUUCAGGUGCAGCCGUGGUCGCCUCCCGCCUCCUGCAGCAUCACAUCGUGUGCCAGCUCCAGGCCGUCAUCGAGGUCCUGCGCAACCUGGCCUCUCUGCCCCCGACCGUGCUGGGGGAGGAGCCCGACAACCACCCCUACCUCCAAGGAAACACCCCAGGCCCCCACCGCGCCCUGACCCGGGCCGCCUCGCUGCGAGGGGCUGCGGGAGCGCCCGGCUCUCCCUGCAGCACCCCGCCUCCGCCACGCUUCUUCACGGAGAAGAAGAUCCAACAUGAAAGCCUGGUGAUCGGAGCCAUAGAAAACGCCUUCAAAGAGAUGGAUGCUCAGAUUGAGAGGGAGAAGCAGGUCUACAACAUCACAGGAGGCUGCACGGCUCUCACAGUGGUCUACCUGCUAGGAAAACUAUAUGUUGGAAAUGCAGGCGACAGCAGGGCUAUCAUUAUUCGUAACGGUGAGAUCAUCCCGAUGUCGACAGAGUUCACGCCAGAAUCAGAACGACAGCGGCUGCAGUUCCUCGGCUUCAUGCAGCCUCACCUCUUAGGAAAUGAGUUCACUCACCUGGAAUUCCCAAGGAGAGUUCAGAGGAAGGAAGUGGGCAAGAGGAUGCUGUACCGAGACUUCACCAUGAACGGAUGGGCAUAUAAGACCAUUGAAGAUGAAGAUCUCAAGUUUCCACUAAUAUAUGGUGAAGGGAAAAAGGCACGGGUGUUGGCCACCAUCGGUGUGACACGAGGCCUCGGUGACCAUGACCUCAAGGUUCAUGACUCCAACAUCUACAUCAAGCCAUUCCUGUCCUGUUGCCCCGAGGUGAAGGUGUACAACCUGGUGCAGUAUGAGCACGGAGCUGAUGACGUUCUGGUGAUGGGCACGGACGGCCUCUGGGACGUCCUCUCCAACCAGGAAGUAGCCGAAGCCGUCACCACCUUCCUGGCCAACUGUGACCCCGACGACCUCCACAGGUAUACGAUGGCAGCCCAGGACCUGGUGAUGCGGGCACGCGGCGUGCUGAGGGACCGGGGCUGGAGGAUCACCAACGAGCGGCUGGGCUCCGGGGACGACAUCUCGGUCUUCAUCAUACCGCUGAUGUACGGUAACCGUCAGCCCUAGGAACCUGACAGGGACGCUACGGACCUUAAACCAGCAGGACUGACCAGAUCACUUCUGAUCUCAAGAUCUGCUUUCAUUCUCCUCAGUGCUAUUUGCACAUUCUCGGCUUCGUUAGACGAAAGUCACAUUUAACUUUGGCUGAACAUUUAGAUUUAACGGUGCAUGGCGCCUUCAUAGAGGAUCAGGAGUGGUCAACCACCAAAAUUGGCUGCUCAGGGGAACUACAGCCAGCACGAUUUGGGUGCUUUCUUCUUUAAACUUUUAUCUAAAAAAUUUUACCUCCGACACAUUUUAAUGAUCAGGAAAAUUUAAGCACACCUUGCCCAUUUCCAGCUGUCAAGAUCAAGAGCUGGAGGCAAGAAUCUUGAAUGAGGGUAGUAAUGGCAGCUCUAAUGGAUGAGUAAGGUUAGAGGUUGACUGCUCCUGAACUUCAUGUGCAUACUGAAAAGGGCAAAUGCUCUUCCAAAGUUAAAUAUUACUUUCAAAGAAGAGACCCCUUCCUGUCUCAGCCUCCCCUCUGAUUGCUCCUCUCUUGCUACGCUGUACAAUAUUCAGCCCCUCCUUGACCUGUCUGUCAGUCUCCCCCCUUUCCCUUCAUACUAUAUAGUCAACUGUUUCUAAAAAAAAAAAAAAAAAAAACAAUACCUCCUCCAUCUCAUGACCAUGGACCGAGCUGACAGGUCAGCUGCAUUUUCUGUUUCGCCACAGUGUGGCUUCGAAGGAUUCACUUGCUGCAGGACUUUGCUUCCCGGUUCACAGGCAGAUCACAGACCGAUCCAGCGUGCAGCGGCGAGGAAAUGUGGCUCAGCUCUCCAUCUCUCCUCCCGUUGUGCACGUGUGAGCGUCACCUCGUCGUUUCAGAAGCUUUCAGUUGUUAAGAGCCUGGAGAGGUUGACACCCUCUUUCACACAUGAAAAGGAAGACACUCACGGUGGCUGUGGGUGUAUUUUUAGGUGUACCUAAUGUGCGAUUUCUUUUCAUUCAGUACCUUAGAGAAGUAAGCAAGUGCACAGAUAAGAAUGUGGACGCAGAGGAAAAGAGAGGACUUGACAUUAUCAGGCACCUUAGAGGAGCAUGGCAGGGUGGCAGUGCUUUUUUUAGCAGUGCAACAACAGCAUGGCUGCAGGUUGAGCAUCAGUGAAGUCUUCAAUAUCAUGUUUGACUACGUUGAUCAAUCAAAACUUGAUCAGCCAAUUCACAUGUGCAUGCUAAAAAUGCCCAUUUGACAAAUAAUUUAGUCUAAUGUUGAGUCGUCGUCAUCAUCAUUAGUAUGCAAAUCAUUAUCGGUUCUGCUAAUCUUUGACCUUUUUGAUGAUGAAAAGUCAUUAUUUGUGUGUUUUGCACUGCAUCUCCAGAUAUCACUUGUCCCUCAAACAGAUUUUUUUCUUUUUUUCUUUUUCUUUUUUGGUUCAGCAUAAUGGCCAUCACUGCUCAUGCUAGCUAUGUAAUUCUUUUCUUUAUUCCAAACAAAUAGGCAGAAAAGUAAACCGCAUCACUUCCUUUAGCGGGACAAACCUGUGUGGCACUGGCUGUUCAGAGCAGCAAAUGGAAAAGCUUUAAUGAACCGGCUUUAGGUCGAAUGAAGUGUUUCGUCAGUCCGUGACAGAGGCUACCAAAGUGGACUUGUAAUCACAUGAAAGUGUCUCCCAUUUAUUUAUGUAUUUAUUUCGUAUAUACACGUUUCUGUGGAAACAAGGGGAAUUUCAGAUUUUCAAGAAAUCCUUCUCAAGGUCAUCUUAAGAUUUACAAUUUAAAUAAAGUGAAAGUGUAUAUUUUAAGACUCAACACUAGAUUAAAUGACUUGUUUGAUAGACGUUUUUUUCAAAGGUACUGGCACUUAAAGCUGUUUGAUGCAUAGAGAGCCGGGUCACCUCAGAAGAAGCCAUGAUGUGUGCUUUUUUUCAAGGGGUGGGGGUGAGGGGGGUAUUCUCUGCAGUAGGGAUUAACUAAUAAAAAUUAAAACUCAUCCUGAAAUACAAUCAUGUGGAUAAUACAAUCAAAGCACCACAGAAAAAGACUGGAAGCUCACAUUCAGCUGGACUUUUCUUUUGCUUUUACAUGUAGCCCGUGUGUCUGUUUAGAUGAGAAGCAUGAGGGACUCGAUCCAGGUCACAUUUGUCUUCAGAAAGUUGGAGGCGUGUGAUGAUGUGAUGGAAUGUGAUGUUUUGUGUUUGGACGUACUGAUUUACUGCGUGUCCCUGCAUGCAGUGAGAUGUGGGCCUGGGAAUAUGAGCAACGGUGCAAUAGUUUACAGUACUGUUUCUGUUUUUAUAUGGACUGAAGUUGUCUCUCUGUAAUAUAUCUAUGAAGAAUUAGUGAUAUUUGUUUGUACAUGUGCUGCAGAAACCACACAUACACAUUUAAGAUGUUUCUAUCCCCCCCCCAGUAAUUAUUAGGUUCCUUCUCUGACACAGCUGGAUACGCCCAGACAUUAAAUUUGAGAGCUAAGUGACAUGACUUAUUAUCAACUAAGUGAACAUACAGUUUCAAAUAUGCUUGUAGCCAGACACAAAAUAUGACUUGAAACUCUGUCCGGUCAUGUCCCUCUCUGCCAGAUUGAUGGACCGCGCUUGUCACCGUGAGAGUGUCACGUAAAUGAUUCCCAAGCCGCACCCAUUUGGCAGACCCAAACAAACACUCAGCCAUCUCAGUCAGUUUGAGCCAGGCUCUGGUCCAGGUUCGCACGCACUGAUGUCUGGGUCGUGUUGAAGGACUUGGCUGAGGUAAGCCUGGGGACUGGAAGUCAAAGGCACACGUUAGCCUGGCUCUGUUAAAGUGAAAAAAUAAGCCUUACAGCGACUCUGAAGCUGACUUAUUCACACAGUUUGUUACGUGUAUUUGAAAUACACAUCUUGGGAUUUUUUUCAAAAAUAAGUCUUGUUUUAGGAGAAGUACCCAUACCUUCAAACGACUCCUUUUUUUAAUUCCAAUAUGUGUAUUUCAAAUGCACAUGAAUCCUGUGUAAAUAAGAAGAUUCAGAGUUGCUGUAAGGUUUAUUUUUUCACUUUGAUGUAGCGAGGCUAAUGACUCCUAUAGACUUAAAGUCUUUAUGCUAAGCUAACACAAAAUGCUACCCUUAAGAGCCAAACCACUGGAAAUAGAGAUGAAAAUGGUAUCAAACAUCUUGUGUCAGUCUUGGUAAGCUGGAAAAAAGGCUAUUUUGGCCAAAACAUUGGAGUAUGCUUUUAAGGUGGGUUAAAAGCUGAGUACAGUCUGGAGGCGACAAAAAUGUGUGUGCUGCUCACACCGCCUUUGUAAAACAAAUGAACACAGGAUGCUGCACAGAUUUGAAAAAUAUGGAGAGCUGGUAUCUCUUCAUUCUGGAUCAAUAUGACUGCACAUUUCGCAUAGCUGCAGACCUGACUGUCAUGUUAUGUAGUGAUAUUUGUUAUCGUGAAGAGCAAUUUCAUGCCCUGUUUGACAGACGCAUUGCCCGGAUACUAUCAGCGUAAAUCACACCUAAACAUCGGCCAUCUGUCAGAAUCUUCAAGUCUUAUUAAAUUUGUAUUUAAAUGUAAAAAAAAAAAAAAAGUGCAGGGAUCCUGAAGCUACCCUCUCCGUUUUUUCAUUAUUAUUCACUCUGGCAUGUCCUUUCCUGUUUCUACCUUCCUGUGUGUUGAGGCAAAACCCCCUGCUGACAGACUACAGUUGAGUUGUUGGCCACUGUACAGGGCGAGCAGGUUGUGCCUGCUCUGAUCUCCCUGCUACUGCCUGGAUCUAGAAACUGAAGGAUACACCGGGACAUUUUGAAUUUGAACAUGUUUUUCACCUUUAUCUGGAUGACCAACACUUCAAGAAGCAGAUUUUCCAGUGAGACCAAACUUCGAUCUUCUGUGUAGCAUUCUGAUAAGCACAAAGUGAGGAAAGAUAACACCUGUAAUUGAUAUUUACAGCACUGAUGCCUGCAAAAUUACACAGUACCAAGUAGGAAACAAACAUAUCAGUGAACGUGGAGCAACAGUUGCAGGAAUAUUUGCCCUUUUUAAGCCAUUACUGUCCACUACACUCGACUCAUGACAAAAAUACCUUUAAUUUUUAUGACACAGUUCAAUUUAAAAUCCUCCAGGAGCCCUUUGAGAUCGGCAGGCCUUGUCGGAUUUAUUCAUAGACUGCAGAACAAAAAGUGACAGUGAAUAAUUCAGUUGAUCUGAUAACGGCGCCAGGGCCUCCAAAUGUGACGUGCACGUGUUUAUUAUACCCCGUCCCUACAUGUACAUCACCGUCGCCCCCGGCCCUUUUCUGUAUUCAUACAGAAUCCGCUGCUCCGCCGGCUAAAUUUGGUUGAGGUGCAGGAGAUGAGAAGUCAUCUGGGGGAGAGAGGAGACCUGCACACAUUUGCAGCAGAUCAAUAAAAUGUUCAUCAUUUGAAAGAGUUUGAUUCCAAGCUGACAGAACCACUGUUUGAAAAAAAAAAGAGAGACACCUAUCAAAAUGAUGGAUGGUAUAAAAUCAACACAAAGAUAUGUUUUAAGAUAGGUUGCAUCCUCGGCUGACAAAACAACACCUUGCUUGCCUCAAUAUUUUAGAACAAUUGAUUGGAUGAAGUAAAAGUAAUGAUUUUUUUUUCUUCUCUCGCCUAAAUGAAGGUAUAGAGAGUUGGCAUACCUGUAAUUUAUACUCUGCGGUCCGACUGAGCCGAAGCUCGGCAGAGAAGUAAGGUGUGAUGAUGGCAUUUUAGCUAGACGGUUAUUUCUGGCUGUAUCCAAACAUUUGGAAACUGCAGUUCCGGGAUGAGGAAAGUCAUCGCUGUCAGUCAGCGUGUGCCGUUCUCCUGCAUAUUCAUCAUCCUGGCCUCGAGGCACUAAAGGAUUUUUUUUUUCUUUUUUUUUUUUUUUUACCUGGAUUUCAUGUAUCUUUCAAGCACUUCUUUUCAACAUACAUUCCAUAAUAGAAGAGCUUUUUAAUUUACAAAGAUAACAUAAUGGUGUGUUAUUUAUACUUAAACAUAUGCUACAUUUUUGACAAUGUGUUACAUGUCACUGAUUCUGCUGUGCUACUGUGUCUGUUGCUUUGCAUGAGUUGCAUUUCUUUAUCAAAUAAGCUAUUUAGUACUAGUGUCCAAACACUUUUUUGGUUCUCUUUUGUAUACUAAAAUGUCUUUUUGUUGUUGUUGUUUUUUUAUUAUUAUUAUUAAUUUGGGGGAUUUCAAAGUCAGUGAUCUCAGUCGUGUAGAGUGGGAAUGUGACAUUUGUGAAAUGGGACUUUUUAUUGAGUUAAAACUCUUUUGGCGCCAUGCACACUUUGUCUUAGCAUGUUCAUGUUUGGCAGAAUGACUCACCCAGAAUUCAUCAGGCACGGAGAGUGACUGUUUUGAUCAGCGAGCAUAUUAAGACGGUGUGCAAACGGGGCCUUAAUAUGUGUGUUGAAUGUUCAUCCUUCUACCUUUGGUACAAGUAUCUAGUCAGCGACAUCAAGCCUUUUUCUCUUAAGAUGAAUGUGAAAGAAUGAAAAUGUUAUUUAUUUUUCUCAUCCUACUGUGCCACCCAACUCUUGCACGUGGCCAUCAACUCAGGUUCAACUGUUGUGUAGUUAAACUAGAGAAGCUGUUAAAAAAAAGGAAAAAAAAAAAACAUGUCUGAAGGCGGUGGAGCCUUCAGGGUGGCACAUUUGUUCCACUACAUUUGUACAUGGGAGUGAAAUGGUGCAUUUUGGAAGGUUUUGGACUAUUUUGUCAUGUCCCUUUGGCCGGAGCAGUCGGCUUCCCUUAAUCAAAACGCUGUAUUGUGAAUUAGCCGUCGCUGUUGUUUUUCUACCCAGAUGACUUUCCAAAUCCAGUUACAGGGCAGGGGGAACAGCUGGCUCUGGGGGAGGUCUGGGCCUCCCGCAGUACAGAGAGCUGAGAGGGCUUCUCUGUGUGCAGCACAGUGAAGGGGAUUUUCAAAACCCACUGGGAAGCCAUUGUAAGUGACCAUUGCAGACCCAUUCUACUCCUAUCCUCAGCCUCUUUCUUUGUGAAUGUGAAAUGUACAUUUUGUAAAACAAAAAGAUAACUUAAGAAGUCAAAAAUAUUUUUAAUGUUUCAUUGUGCAACGACUUUGGAAGAAAAAAAAAACAAUGUUUACCUUCAGUGUCUCUUUUCCAGAUAUGAAAAAAAA